AUGCCGUCUACACCUGCAAAUAAGCGCGUUAGAGGAGUUUCAGUAUUCCGCCCAUUCAUUUUCGGCAGCGAAGCACAACUAUUCGACCCCGAGAAGAAGCCCGCGAAUGCGCCCACCGACCACACGCAUCAGUGGCGAGUCUUCGUGAAAGGCAUCAACGACGAAGAUAUCUCCUACUGGCUGAAAAAGGUCCAAUUCAAACUCCACGAGACAUACGCCCAAAGCGUCCGCACAGUUGAGGCACCCCCCUUCGAAGUCGUCGAAACUGGUUGGGGUGAAUUCGAGAUUCAAAUCAAACUGUACUUCGUCCCCGAGUCAAACGAGAAGCCGCAGACACUUUGGCACAGCUUGAAACUCCAUCCUUAUGGCCCGGACGCAGAGGGUAUGAAGGAGCGUCGGGAGGUGGUGGUGAGCCAGAAUUAUGAGGAAGUCAUCUUUAAUGAGCCUGUUGAGCCUUUCUAUGAGAUUCUUACUGGAGGUCCUGCUGGUACUGCUCCGCCUCGGGCUAAGGGCAAGAACACGAAACCAGGUGCCGGGAGGACCGCGGAGAUCCCGCUUAACGAUGCGCCGAAAAAUCCAUACAGUCGGAAAACGGAGAAUAAGGAGCUUGAUCGGAUGUCAGAGGCCAUGAAGACGGUUGAAGCGAUGAUCAAAGAGGAGAAGGACCGCUUGGUUGAGCGCGAGAAAACACUUGCCGAGUUGCGGGAAAGUGAAGGUAUGCCCGCGAACACAAAGAAGAGAUGA